CACUUUUGGUAUAUCUGUACAAGAUACAGACGUAACUUUUGCAGAGUUAAAGACAUCAUAUCAACAAAACAAUAUAUUCAAUGAUAAAGUAAUUCUCAUUGCUCGAUAUCAGCGGCCUAUCUGUAUAAUAAUACGUUACGUCUGCUAUAAAAUAUUAUCAACGGUGCACCGAAAAUAUAUUCUAGCGAAUAUCUGUCACACCGCGGGCAUGCUGAAUUAACAAGAUAGUCCGAAAAUAAUAAUAGUGAACAAGUGAAAGUGAAAGUGUAAACAAAAUGACCAUUACACCUGGUAACCAUUUAGUUAACGUGAUCGAAAGUGUAUCAGUAAAAGAUGCCAAAAAUGCAAACGGAAAAACAAAUAGUAAACUAAUCGCUGAUUGUAAAGCUGUCCUAGCUGAGUUUACUUCGACAUUACUUCUUGUAUUCCUCGGUUGUAUGGCAUGCGUGCCCUUGGAAGGAUUCCAGAUACAACCACCACUGUACGGACCAUUUGCGUUUGGUUUUAUUGUUUUAUUUAACAUACAAGCCUUUGGACAUAUAUCAGGAGCUCAUAUGAAUCCAGCAGUUACUCUAGGAGCUGUGCUUUGGGGUAAAAUGUCCGUAUGGCUGGGAAUAGCAUACGUGAUAGCGCAGUGUGCAGGUUCGAUUCUCGGAUACGGUAUAUUAAUGGGUGUGUCGCCACUAGAUUUAGUACCAAAUGAAGUUUGCACGACACAACCUCAUUCACAACUGACGAUGUUACAAGCGGUUGCAGUCGAAGUAAUUUUAACAGCGGCGUUGAACUUCUUGAAUUGUGCUGUUUGGGAUCCUGCAAAUAAAGCAUCAUUAGAAUCGGUAUCUUUGAAAUUUGGUUUUACAAUUGCUGGUCUUUCUAUAGCUGGAAGUGAGCUUACUGGAGCAAGUAUGAAUCCAGCUAGAUCCCUAGGUCCAGUUGUAUGGACGGGGGCUUGGUCUACGCACUGGGUGUACUGGGUCGGACCAAUCAUCGGUGGAUCAAUUUCAGCUUUAUUUUAUAAAUACAUAUGGCUUAAUACAAGUAAGGAACUGAAAGAUUAAUAUUGUAUUAUAAAAUGUAAUCUUUCGUUAAUUUGAUAGUGUAUAAAUUAUUUAUUAUACCUCAUUUAUGGUAUGCAUUAAUUAUUAUUUUUAGGUCUUUGUAUUUUAACUUUUUAUCGAAAUUAAUUUAGAAUGUGGGAAAUAUUAUCGUAGCAAAUGUGUCCAAUUACUAAAAAAAAUUACAACAUUUUUUUAUAAAACUAUCGUGUGUUUACUUUG